AUGGCUUUAAAUUGUCAAAUUUCUCUAUUUAUUAUUCCCUUUAUUCUUCUAAAUAUUUUACAUUUAAUUAAUCCACAUUCUUGUCCUUCCCAAAAUGUUUGCAGUGGAAGUGAUCCGGCUACUUUACAACUUGAAGGUUAUAGCAGACAAAAGAAGGUUAUAAACCAAAUAAAAUUUAAAAUACAGUCGGACCUCUUUAUAAGAUACCCUCACUACUAG